GGCCUCAUCGAGCCGAGAAAAUACAGCAUGGGAGAAUCUAUAUAUUUGUAGAUAUGCAGGGGGAAUCCUCGUAUAGCUUCAUGUAUAUAGAAAUGACGUUGAGCCGGGAAUGCCCCUGACUUGGUCAUUGGAUACAACAGCAUAUAAAGUUAAUUGAUAACAAAAUCAAAAAGAAAAAACCAAAGGUAAAUGAGACCAAAUCAGCGCCGUCCCUGCAACCAGGCCGGCUUAAAAAGAAUGCAAAAAGAGUUGGUCCCAGAGAGGCUCGAACUCUCGACUUCUGAGUUAUUAGCUCAGCACUCUAACCGACUGAGUUAUGGGACCCGGUUGUUGAUACCGGCCUCGAGUUCAAGCUCUAUAUAGGAUGCUCCUGCUC